AUGGAAGAGUUAAGCUCUGCUGGUAAAGCGGGAUGUGAUAUUGCUGCAAAUAUUGCCGAAGCGAUACCGCUUGUUAGUGUUAUCGCGAUAAUAUUUCGAGAAAUAAUUGUUUUAGCUGAAAAAGCAGGGCACAAUAAAAGAGUUUGCAGAAGGUUGGCUGAGCGUGUACGUGUAGCAAAUCAGACACUCAAUCAACUUACUCUGAAAGAUGAAAAUGAUUUGGCUUUAAAAAAUUAUGUUCAAGCGAUAACGAAUUGUAAAGAGUUUAUUGAGAAGAUUAGUCAUUCCGGGACAUUCAUGAAAUUAGUUACCGCUCAUGAGAUCGAAAGUGCGUAUCAGAAUGUCACUGACGAAUUAGAUGCCUCAAUUAUCCAAUUAGGAUUAAACGUAUGCAUCAGGACAAAUAAAGACAUUGAAGAUGACCGUAAGUUAUUCCUUUCAGAAAUAAAAACUUCGUUUCAAGCCAUUGAAGAAGUUACAAAAGAUUUGUAUGACGUUGGAAUGGACAUUCAACAAAAACUUAGCGUAUUUGAAGCCAAGUUAGAUACAAUUCAUACGGCAGUUGAUAAUGUGAGCAAAGGUGCCAUAGUAAACAAUCAAACUUUGGAAAAAUCUUUAGAACAAUCUAAAAUACCUAGUAAUCAAAUUACAGAUACUGAUGAGGAUGAGGUGAAGCGUGGUCAUGUAGUGAAAAAGAAAUAUAUCAUGCAAGCAGUUGCUCAAAAGGAGAUCGGACAUAUUUAUUCUUUACAAAAAUCCAUAGAUAUCAUUGAAAGAGAGGUUGCUAUCCUCACAGAACUAAGAAAUUGUCGAAAUAUUAUAACAUUUUAUGGUACAAUGCAACGUGGUGGUAAACUAUACAUUAUUUCAGAAUGGGCAGAAAUGGGUGAUCUUUACACAUACCUGCAAAAGCAUACUGUGUCAUGGAAGUUCAAGCUUAAAAUUGCUUCUGAAAUAGCUGGUGCCUUAGUUUUUUGUCAUGUUUGUGACAUAUUGCAUCAUGAUAUAAGAAGCCAUAAUAUACUAUUAACAAGUGAUCUAACAGCGAAGAUCAGUAAUUUUAGUUCUAGUCGUAAAGAAAGUGAUGUAACUACAAAGGUCAAAGACAUCACACUUAGAUACAGAUGGCUCGCUCCUGAAAAACUCGAAAAUUAUAAAGAUAAUGAAUAUACUAAACAAUGUGAUAUCUACAGUUUUGCUAUUGUGCUUUGGGAACUUGCCGCUCAAGAAGUACCAUUUGCCAAUGUUACGGUUGUCACUGACUUGAUUACAAAGAUAACGAGCGGAGAACGCCCACCACCGAUAAAUGACGCACCUCCUUUCUAUCCUGCGUAUGAAAAAAUCAUGCAGCAAGGAUGGCAACAACGUCCAAUAAAGCGACCAACUGCAGAUCUCAUGUUUAAAGAACUAAAUAAUCUUUAUAAAUCUAUAAGGUCUCAAUCAGGGUCAGGAGAUUUUGAACCACCAUCAUCUUCAUUCCUACGAAAUGAUUCAUUUGGCUCUCAUCAGAACGGUAAUUCUCAAAAGGAUUUUAAUAAUAUAGAAGAAGGAAUACGACAAAUUGAGUUAAAGUAA